UCUUUGAAUUUGACUUUGCCCAUAUUCGAUAUUCAUGUGGGUAAUGGGAAUUACCAACCAUGGGAUUUCCACGUACGUAAUACACUAAAAAAAGAUAGAGAAUGUGCUUCACUCCUGUAAUUCCCGUCGUACCGUAUGGACCACCCUAACCACCCUUAGUGGCAAACUCGACUGAUAUACGGUACGCAUUGAAUUCUUACAACUUGUUUUCAUGUUUACGACCGCUUUAAUUACGACUUGUUUUGAGGGUUUCAUGGAAUCAAUAAAAAUAUAAUUAAAAUUCCGGUGACGACGUGGCGAGCGUAUCAUUAUCUCUGUUUUCGCCGUGAGUUCGUGAGUGACAAAAUGAUUCACUACAGAAAUAUUUUAAAAGUUAAGACGGAGCUAUAUUUAUUACGUGACAUCAUAAUUGGAGUUAGUGUGGAAAAAGGUGUCAUCCAGGAAAAUAUUCAAGAGUUUUAAAGGCAUUUCAGGAGUGGACAAAUCUGAAUAAAAGAUGGAUGUGAUAUCACAAGGGGAAAAAGAUGAAUAUGAUGUAAAAGAAGAGGAAUCCGAAGCGAUUGUGGCUACUUUAGAAAGCGUGAAUGUUGAUCGGAUACUCAGAAAUGAACUGGUUCGUCUAGAGGCAUUAUGGGUAAAUAAAGGAGAUAUUGGUGCAGAUUUAUUAAACGAUAUUGAAGAGAAGCCUGAAAUCUCUACUGACGCAAAACUUCUCGCUAAAUGCUACGUGAGACUUGAACGAAAUGACAAGUUAUUUAACAUUAAUGAACAAAUAGAACAACCAAGAAAAACUGACAAUGUAAUGAACUCUAAAAGAUUCAAUUGCGAUACUUGUGGCAAUUCUUACAAGAAUAAAGUAAAUAUCAUCAGACACAUAAGGAAAAAGCAUAACCCGAAUAACCGCCCAGCUCCAAAGUAUUCAUGUGAUAUUUGCGGCCAAGGUAUAAAGACAAAACGUGAUUUUCUUUUACAUAUGAAAAAUCACGGGAAGAAAUAUUUCAAAUGCAUGAUAUGCACCAGAGAAUUUGCAAGUAAGUGGGUUUUGGAGAAUCAUGAGCGAACGCACACUGGUGAAAAACCUUACAGUUGUGAAAUAUGUAACAAAUCAUUUUCCAACAAAGGUACCUUAUUUACCCAUAAAGCUACUCACUUAAGUGAAAGACCAUUUGCAUGCAAAAUAUGCAACAAGCAAUUUAAAAUUAAACAUUCCUUAACGUUACACGAACGUAUACAUACUGGCAAACUUCAUAAUUGCCCUGUAUGUAACAAGCCAUUUAAUGAAAAGGCUAAACUAAAAAUACACAUACGAACCCAUACAGGAGAAAAUCCUUUUCCAUGCCAGUUGUGUGACAGGAAAUAUAAAUCGCAACAAGAUUUACGUGAACAUGUACAAACGCACAAUGAAGUACUAUAUUGCUGCAAAAUAUGUGGUAAGGCGUUAAAGACUAAGAAAAGUUGGAUGAGGCAUGAACGUGACCACUACAGAACUGAAUUAUUCUCCUGUAAACUAUGUCCAGUGCAAUUUAAAGAUAAGUACAUUUUAAUUAAUCAUAUGCGAACUAUUCACGCAACAGACAGGCCAUAUUCCUGUGAAAUUUGCAACAAAAACUUCACGACUACAAAGAACUUGAAGAAUCAUUCACGGAGUCACACAAAGGAGAGACCGUUUACCUGCCCGAUAUGUAAUAAGUCUUUUACGCAAAGCACUACUUUGUCAAAACAUAAACGAAUUCAUGAUAGUGAAAAACGCUACGCAUGCGUUAUAUGUCCACGUAAAUACACGUAUAGAGAUGAUUUAAAAAGACAUUACAGAACACACACCGGGGAGACGCCCUUCGAAUGCGAAUCAUGCACGAAAAAAUUCAAAACUAAAAAUGAACUUAAUAGACACAAAUUAACACACACAGACGUAAAAGAGUUUAUUUGCGAUUAUUGUAAAAAAGCCUUUAAAUUUAAAAAUAACUUAAGCACACAUAUGCUCGUUGUACAUUUUAAGACAAAAUCAUUUUCAUGCUCCUUGUGUAAAAGGAGUUUCGGGGCCAAAAUAAAUUUGAAAUCACAUAUGCGUACUCAUACAGGUGAAAAACCCUUUACCUGCACAAUAUGUAAUAAGUCCUUUGGGCAAAAAACUACUCUGACUAGGCAUAAACGAGUUCAUGUUGAAACGGAACCCCAUUUGAUCAACCACUAUUACGUAAUUUGAUUAACUAACAAUGCCCAUCAUACAAUUUUUUUUGAAUUUUAUUUAUUUAAGGUUAGGUUAAAUUUAGUAUGCUAAUAAUUUAGUAACUCUAAGCUUUAUUCUUUGUAUAACGCAUGUAGCCUGCCAUUGGCACUUAAUUAAUGAAGUUUAAAAUUAAUAAAUUUCAGAAUUGUAUAGAAUGACAAAUGUGUUGGCCUAAUAUGUAUCAUGUGUUUAACAAAUUUAACACAUAUCAGUGAAACAAUAAGGAUCAAAGUCAAAUGGCGUUCUAAAAGUUUUAAUCAUGUGUCGAAAGAUGACAGUAAAUUUGCUGAGGCUACAAAGUUUACUUUGACAAUCCACCUCUAUUGAAUUCUCUUUGAUACACCUUAACUUUACCAAUCUGAAUGUGAAUCUCACAAAACUUUCUUACCAUGAGUACUCGUCUGUUAGCGAUAUAAUUUGCAAGAUUCAAUAGUCAAAAUAAGUCUAAGAUAGAGUUAAAUUGUAUGUAUAGUAAUUAGUUAUUUAUAUUUGUUAGUCUAUAUUUUUUAUUAUAUUUUAAAUAAUUUUUCAUUUGUUAUGAAUAUUAUAAAUAAAUUAGUGAAUAAAUAUUCACGCGGACGACAUACCAAAUAUGUGUACCUACAAUAAUAAUGUUAAGAAAAAGUAUUAAAGAUAAUUUUUAAAUAAAGUUGUUUAAGGUGUUACACAUA